AUGGAGGACAGAAUAGAUUUCAAUAUCAAUGAAUCGCUAAAAUAUUACCUGAGCGACCCCGCGACGGUGCCUACACCAGACGCUGAGCCGGAGUUGUAUGAUUGCGAAAAUGAGACCGAAUUGCUUUCAUCGUCGCUUAUCGAUGGAGUUAUUGACCCGAUUGUUGACGGGGUUGCCGCGAAUCCUGAGGCAUUGAUGCGACCGUCAUUUUUUGAUUCGCUUCAAGUUCUACUCAAAUGCUGUACCGUGUUACCGUCGAAAAGCUUAAGCAAGAUCCUCGAUUUGAUCGUAUCCGGUCUGGCCGUAGAAGCCGAUAUCAUUCAUAGCGACUUAGAGGCAGAUGAACAAGAAGCAGUGCAACAACAUAAACAACUACUCGAGAUGUACGGUUUUCUGCUACAAUGGGCUCUUUCUGCUGUAGAAGUCAAAGCAGCCGAAAAACCAGCCACAGCAGCUCCUGCUCGCCGCACCGGGAAAUCAGGCAAAUCCAAACAGUCCGCCAAAGAUGGAAACUGGGAUUGGACACCACAGAUACAAAUCUCUAUGGAGACCAUGUGCAAAGUACUGAAAUUGAAAUUGGGAAAGAUCUUCUUGACCACUUCCGACAGAGACACUUUUGUCAACCUCUUUACAAGAUCGGUAUAUCUGCUGUUUGAGAACGAACAACGAGUGAAGAAUAUGGCCAUUCGUAUGCAUGCUUUUAAAGUUCUAUGCAUUGCUGUAAAGCAUCAUGGCCAUGCCUUUGGAGCUCAAACUUCUAUCGUACAGAGUUUGACUUAUUUCGAGCACUUGUCUGAGCCUAUGGCCGAAUUUCUUCAUAUUCUUGCCGAGCAAUACGAUUAUACACAAUUAGGCGAUGAGAUUUUGAGGGAGCUUGCGAAUAAAGAAUUCAACAGUAACGACACGAGAGGGCCUAAAUCGGUCUCUGCUUUCAUAGUUAAAUUGUCAGAAUUAGCUCCACGAGUCGUCAUUAAGCAGAUGACUCUUUUGGCCAAACAGCUUGAUAGCGAGUCAUAUACACUGCGUUGCGCUAUAAUCGAAGUCUGUGGCAACUUGAUUGCCGAUCUCAGCAAAGAAGAAGAAAGAGGCGACAGCUCCAAAUCGCAAAUUAAUGCGUUCUUUGAUGUCCUCGAAGAACGGUUCUUGGACAUCAACCCUUAUUGUCGAUGCCGUGCGAUCCAGGUUUAUAUGAAGCUCUGCGACUUGGAUCAAAAAUUCCCCAAGCGACGGCAAAAAGCCGCCGAACUAGCGGCCAGAAGUCUUGAAGAUAAGAGUAGUAACGUCCGAAGGAAUGCCAUCAAACUUCUCGCCAGGCUUGUGUCAACGCAUCCUUUCAGUGUUAUGCAUGGUGGCCAACUAGCACACAAAGACUGGGCAGCACGUCUGGAAGCUGUUGACGCCGAGUUAAAUUCUCUUAAACCACCUCCUGAGACUCCAGGUUUAGGCGAAACCCAUAUAGACAGUGAGCUAUUGGAUGAUGCGACACAGCUUCCGGAUGAUUCUCCUUCGAAGGCACCAAAGAUGACCGAUGACGAAAGAAACGCCGCUAUGCAGAAAGCUGCAGAGGAAGCGGCGACGUCAGAAUUACUCGCAAGACUGCAAUUAACGCGGAAGUACUAUCUUGAAGCCCUCCGGUUCAUCCAAGUGCUCCAUUUAGCUUCGCAAAAUGUAUGCCAACUUUUGUCCGCCCGUAACAAAAGCGAGGUCAUCGAGGCCAUGGAUUUCUUUGUGGUUAUUGAUGCAUACAAAGUCGAGACCUCACGAACUGGUAUCAGACGCAUGUUACGCCUUAUCUGGACCAAGGGAAACAGUGAUGAAGGAAAGGGCGUUCAGACACACCUGAUUGACUGCUACAAGGGGCUGUUCUUUGAUGCGCCUGACAGCUUUAGUUCAAACGACGCUGCAAAUUACAUUGCUCGUAACAUGAUCAGUUUGACCUUCGGUUCUACACAGGCGGAGCUUACUUCACUUGAACAAUUGCUGAGCACCAUGAUGAAAUCGGGCCACAUCUCAGAGGCUGUUGUUGCAAAGCUCUGGCAAGUAUAUAGCGUGCAGAGAAGGGAGAUCUCUAAGGCACAGCGACGAGGAUCCAUCAUUGUGUUAGGAAUGCUUGCACUUGCUGACCCGGACAUUGUUGUCAGAGAAACAGAGGCUAUGCUACGCAUUGGCCUGGGCGACCUUGGGCGUUCUGAUCUUGUACUUGCAAGGUAUACUUGCGUUGCUUUGAGACGAAUGAUACCUGGCCGCCAAGCCAAGAGCAAGGAAAGCGGUGUUGCCAAAUUGCCUAAUGAUCAUCCUGUUUUGGCUAAAUUGGCUGCAAUUACAGAGAUUUCUUCCGAUAGCAAGGAAUGGUAUGGCGUGGCAGAGCAAGCAAUAAGCGCCAUCUACGCACUAUCGAAACAUCCAGAUGUAUUGUGUUCUGAUAUCAUUCGAAGGAAGACGCGAGAGGUCUUUCAAGCGAAUUCACGCCAAUCCGCGAGUCAAACAAUGCUCAACGAAGGUCAACGCCCUGGCACUGCAUCUAGCGAGAAUUCAGCAUCGGGUAACAAGUCUUCAUCCUCGGGUCUGUCACAGCUACUGUUCAUUGUCGGCCAUAUCGCCAUCAAGCAAAUUGUCCACCUUGAGCUUUGUGAGUUGGACUUCAAGCGGAGAAAGGCCGAGCAAGAGAAAAACAAGACAGCGAGUAAUGACGCUCAGAAGAACGAUCAGACAGACGAUAACGAACUAGAUCUUAUCGGUGGAACAACUGAAGAUGAUUUCACGGAAGCUAUGGCUCACGUACGAGAGCGAGAGCUUCUAUACGGGGAGAGCUCUCUAUUGACCAAUUUUGGCCCGUUAGUGACUGAGAUUUGUGCCAACAACAAUGCCUACCCAGACCCAAACCUCCAAGCCGCAGCAACAUUAUGCAUGGCCAAGUUAAUGUGCGUCUCUUCAGAAUAUUGCGAGAAGAAUCUACCACUUCUCAUCACGAUCAUGGAACGGUCCGAGGACCCCAUUGUACGUAGCAACGCGGUCAUCGCCCUCGGAGACAUGGCAGUAUGCUUCAACCACCUCAUUGACGAAAACACCGAUUUCCUCUACCGACGUCUCAACGACGGCGAUGCAUCUGUCAAACGCACCUGUCUCAUGACAUUAACCUUCUUGAUCCUGGCCGGUCAGGUGAAAGUCAAGGGCCAACUGGGCGAAAUGGCCAAAUGCUUGGAAGAUGACGAUAAACGUAUUGCAGACUUGGCGCGCAUGUUCUUUACUGAACUUGCUACCAAGGAUAACGCGGUUUAUAACCAUUUCGUUGAUAUUUUCAGUCUUUUGAGUUCGGAGAAGAACCUAGAAGAAGGAUCACUGAGACGGAUUAUCAAGUUCCUUGCCGGAUUUGUCGAAAAGGAAAAACACGCAAAACAACUCGCAGACAAACUUGCCGCGCGUCUCACUCGCUGCGAGACAGAACGACAAUGGAACGAUGUCGCAUAUGCGUUGUCAUUACUGCAGCAUAAGAAUGAGGAGAUUACCAAGGCUGUCAGUGCUGGGUUCCGGGUUGUCCAAGCUGCUGCUUAAUCCUUCCUCUUUUACCGUAUAUCUUUGUUAUUCUUGGGCAGUAGCGUGGGUGUAUUUGGUCUUUUUCUUCAUGGUGUACAUAUACAAUGUUCAGGUUGUCAUUGCGAGACGGUUGUUUUGGAUGGUUUGGGAACGGAAUAUUGGAUUAUCGUCUAGUUUUAUAUUAUAGUUUAUGAACCUGAUCAUUUCACUGGCUUCUUGUCUCUUUGAGGAUGUAUAGUUCUUCGCUACUCCAUGGAUACCGUAAUUUGGAGCUUGUCAUUCAUCCCAUCUCGCUCAGCCAAUUCGACCGUCAUACGAAUCACUGAUUCAUUGAUUCCGUUUCCACAUGAGUAACUACCGAAAUAAGUAAAGAGAUACCUAUACGUCUAUAACACCAAACCAAAGCAAUCCACAUAAAAAAGAGGAAGAGGCUAGAUACCUGACCUGUCUCUUUCUCUCUGUUCUCUUCUCUAUGUCGCGACGCAAGGUAAAAUCAACUUAUAACCAGGAAAAGCAGGGAUACAACAUGCCAUGCAGGAUAAUGUAAAACACCGAAAGAAGAAAAAAGAUGAUACCGAAAAAAAAACUAAGCACCCUGAACUUCACUCUCCUCCAACUCAAAAUCCCCCUUAAACAUCUUCUCCAACGCCCGUCUCCCUUCAUCCGUCAAAUCCGGUCUACCCAACGGCGUAACCGCAUCUGUGAAGAAUCUAGGUUUCCAUUUCUGAGCCGUAGCUUCUCGUUCCGCUGCUUUGGAUCUUUGACGCUCUUCAAUCUCUUGUUUCAGUUUGGUGGCUUGGCUGAAUUGUUUGGAUAAUAUCGAUGAUGUGACGCCGGACCAGAAUUUGCGGG